GGCAGUUCUACAUGAAGUGUAGCACAUUUUUUCCUCAGAUACUGUAAAUCGGAAAACUCUGAAGACGUCUCCUGCAAAAUAUAGCAAUCUAUGCAUUAUUCGUACUUCUGCGGCAUUUCUCGCGAAGCCUUUUGGUGUACGUUGGCAGAACAUAGGCUGUAGCCUACUUCUGUACUGUAGCAUAAUCAAAAGGGAACAGCGAGAAUCACUUGCCAGGACUCCCAUGCACCCGCUUGGGUUUGCUAAGAAGAUUAAUUUAUUAUUGGGCUAAGGUUCCUCAAGGCACGUGUCCCAACCCUCUGCAGUCUGACUGCACAGUGAAGUUGAGGACAUCUCCCACAGAUGUGCCCACAGCAGUCCUCCAAUGGCUGUUGACUAACUUCGUGGCGAAUGCUGGACAAGAGGAGAAGGGUGGGGACCACCUUAGUCUCACGUGAUUGGUUGCUGAAUGGAAUUGAGGUGAAUGGAACACAUGCCCAAAGAGCAGGACUCUAACCUAUCUGAGGGAGAUGAGAAAGGGCGUUCUAAUGGUGUGAAGAGGAAAAGAAAGAACAGCCAAUGUUCUGUCAAGAGCAUGUCUGCGCUGAGCGUCUCUAUUCCAGGGUAUAUUCCCAGCUACCUGGAGAAGGAUGAGCCGUGCGUGGUGUGUGGCGAUAAAGCCACCGGCUACCAUUACCGCUGCAUCACCUGCGAAGGCUGCAAGGGUUUUUUCCGGCGGACCAUCCAGAAGAACCUGCACCCGGCGUACUCCUGCAAGUAUGACAGCUGCUGCAUCAUCGACAAGAUCACCCGCAACCAGUGCCAGCUGUGCCGCUUCAAGAAGUGCAUCUCGGAGGGCAUGGCUAUGGACUUGGUGCUGGACGACAGCAAGCGGGUGGCCAAGCGGCGGCUGAUCGAGGAGAACCGCGAGAAGCGCAAGAAGGAGGAGCUGGUGCGGACGCUGCAGAACCGGCCGGAGCCCACGGACUCGGAGUGGGAGCUCAUCCGCCUGGUGACCGAGGCCCACCGGCACACCAACGCCCAGGGCUCCCACUGGAAGCAGAAGAGGAAAUUCCUGCCUGAUGACAUUGGCCAGUCUCCGAUGACCACCACAUCAGAAGGGGAUAAAGUGGACCUGGAAGCCUUCAGCGAGUUCACAAAGAUCAUCACCCCCGCAAUCACCCGAGUCGUCGACUUUGCCAAAAAGCUGCCCAUGUUCACAGAGCUGUCAUGCGAGGACCAAAUCAUCCUGCUGAAAGGCUGCUGCAUGGAGAUCAUGUCGUUACGGGCGGCCGUGCGCUACGACCCCGAGAGCGAGACGCUGACGCUGAGCGGCGAGAUGGCCGUCAAGCGCGAGCAGCUCAAGAACGGCGGCCUGGGCGUGGUGUCGGACGCCAUCUUCGACCUGGGCAAGAGCCUGGCGCAGUUCAACCUGGACGACUCGGAAGUGGCGCUGCUGCAGGCCGUCCUGCUCCUGAGCUCAGACCGCACGGGCCUGACGAACUUGGAGAAGAUCGAGGCGUGUCAGGAGAAGUACCUGCUGGCGUUCGAGCACUACAUCAACCACCGCAAGCACCACAUGGCCCACUUCUGGCCCAAGCUGCUGAUGAAGGUGACGGACCUGCGCAUGAUCGGGGCCUGCCACGCCAGCCGCUUCCUCCACAUGAAGGUGGAGUGCCCCAACGAACUCUUCCCCCCGCUCUUCCUCGAGGUCUUCGAGGACCAGGAGGUGUGACCCAGAGGAGGAGGAGGAGGAGGAGGAGGAGGAAGCAGAAAGAUGAAGAGGACAGACGGACGGGGGUGGGUGGGGUUGGGGGAUGGGGGUCGAAAGUUCCAUGGAGGAACGGUGAAGGAGUUGGGGGUACUUUUAUUUUUUACACUCGCUCACGUUUUGCUCUCUCCGUGUAGCCAAACGAGACUGGUGACGCCAGACGUGGUGUCGAUGCCACGGAAGCGUUUGGCCGCCCUGUGCUUGCCACAACUUGGACAGCUCUGAAGUGUCACCUCCCAGACCUCCACUCUCUCUCUCUCUCUCUCUCUUUCUCUCUCUCUCUCUCUCUAUCUCUCUCUCUUUCUCAUAGUCCAUGGCCCUGCUGGGAAACCCCAGAUUUCCAUUAACCAGAGAAGCUAGCAUCCGCGAACCUACCUCCCAAUUUACCUACUUACCUCCCACCAUUACCUUACUCUUUGGUGAUUUAAAAGGUGCAAAAAAACAAACAAAAAAAACAAACACACACAUACACCUCAGCACGUGGGUCAAUCUGUGAAAGCUAUUUUUUUUUUUUUCUUCUUCAAAUUCAAGCCCACAGUGCACAGGAAGCUAAUCGUUUCUCUAGGAAUGUACAAAACAUGCAGCAGUAUAAGGCCUUACGUGAGCCCUCGUUUUCUCUCUGAGUCUAGUGUCUGAUCAAGUCAACAUUUCAACCUCUUUUUUGCACUCUUUAAAUGGGCCGUGCUCCUCGUUGUAUGCACGUUAUUCGCUCUGUCUCCGCGCAGACAUAUCAUCAUGAAAGCAGACAGCUCGUCACUUCCAUAUUACCUCAUCAGCGUACCUGAACGCAGGUGCAUUAAUGUGCUUACUGUACAUCUGUAUACUUACACACACAGACAGACAGACAGACAGACAGACAGACAGACAAACACACAUACACUACGUAAACACACGCAGUGUACCUGUAGUUAUCAUGUGUCCUCAUGUAUGUACACAUGGCCAUGUCAAUGUGCGACCCCCCCCCUCCUUCCCCUCAUACCUCUCCAGCUGUAUAAAUACACUCGUAACUACCUGUAUCCACACCAUUCUACCUGCAGACAUGUACGUACGCAGUAUGUCAUUGACUCUCACCAGUUCCGUUUGCUGUGUCCGUGACCUCAUCUCCUGGUUGACUAGGUGACCGGCUGACCCCCCUCGUGGCUUCAGGAGUAAACGGCCGAUCUCCAACAGAACUGCACGUGUCGCUUCUGAAGUGCGUUUGAGAUUUUUUCGCGGUGACUCUCAAAACCGUGACCUGGUCACGCCAAGUAACCUCGACUUCGUAGUACACCCUGAAGGUCUCUGCAGCGAGAGGCCGUUUCUGUGCUGUCGGAUGCACCACACAACCCAGACACCUCAGUGACCACCUCCAAAUGGCACCUCUGAGCCUGUGCAGCCUAAUGCCCGUUCUGUGCCAAUGGGCGCCUCAGUAUAGAGAUACAGUCUCAGUGCACCAGCUAAGGAUGUACUAGUAGUGGAUGCACUGGUAGCAUUAGUGUUGGCACUGUGAAUGGGGCUACGUUCAAAUUAAUGCAAUUGAGAUUUGAUUGGCAAAUGGGAAUGGGAAAUUGCAGCACAUAGAGUUUUGAUUGGGUCGGUGGGACAUUUUUUGUUAUGAGUUUUCAGUCAUUACGAUUGCGUGCGUUUGAGCUGGGUGACAGUGGACAGAGUGACGCGUAGACACGCCCAAAUAGAAAGGAACGGCAACGUUGUCAGUGUGUGUGUGUGCCUGAAGAUGCACAGCAUGUGUCGUUUUCUCACACGCGCACCUACACAUUCACACAAACACCCACACACAGGCACGCUCACAAACUCUCAGACAACACACGUAGACAACACACACUCAGACAAAACACGCUUCACAUACACAGACAGACAAACACACACACACACACACACACACAGAAACCUCACUCCUUUGGGUUGCCUGAGAAAAGUAGGAUGGUGUUGACCUACCUCACUGUGGGCCCUCAGCCAACACAUUCUACCUCAGCUGUAGUGUCUGCAUGGCUGCCAUUGUUACACACACACACACACACACACACACACACCCCCACACACACACACACACACACCACAAACACAAACACACACACACCACAAACACAAACACAAACACAAACACAAACACACAGACAUACAAGCAACACUCCCCCCUCACAAUCCUUGCCAAGUUGCAAAUUACCUGCCUGUACUUAACUAUGACUGCACACACAACAAAGGACAUGCAUCUAACACACUGUUUCCACAGGGGACAUGAUACGUUUUUGUGUAUGUGUGUGUGUAUGUGUGUGUGUGUGUGUGUGUGUGUGUGUGUGUGUGUGUGUGUGUGUGUGUGUGUGUGUGUGUGUGUGUGUGUGUGUGUGUGUGUGUGUGUGUGUGUGUGUGUGUGUGUGUGUGUGUGUGUGUGUGUGUGUGUGUGUGUGUGUGUGUGUGUGUGUGUGUGUGUGUGUGUGUGUGUGUGCGCGCGCGUGUGCGCGUGUGUGUGUGCGAGUGUGUUUGAUUUUUCACUUGGGACCAAUAUCAUUUUUGAUCCCGCUUCUCAAAGACUGUGAUCCGAUACAGCUGCCAUCAGGAUAUUCCUACAACCGUUUACAGCAGCAACAAACAACGACGACAACAAAAUAACACCAACAAAAGCCUCUUCCGCCAGGUGGUGAUCUAUUCAGCUCCAAUGUGAUUGGACUGAAGAACAGGACAGAUAGCCUGAUUGUUUUUUCUUUUUUUGUUUCUUUUUUUUUUUGUGUGCAUGAUGAUUUUUCAGAUGCUCUGGUCAUCCAAAAAAAAAAAAAAAAAAAGAGGGAAAUAAAAAAAGAUGAAGUAGAAGAAGUCUGUUGACCUCUGGGCCUUGAACCUCAGGAUGGCCUGGGCCUCAGGACUGCAGCCGCACUGAGCAUGUGCAGACGACGGGUCGAGCCCCCUCUGCAACCACUAGCAACCCCACCCUCCCAACACUGACCAAACCACCCAUAUGCACUUUUCAGUACGAGUCCACAGGUCAGGAGCAUCACGACUCAGGCGUCGUCAAAACGCGCCACCACCAGUGUCCACCAGCACGGUCAAAACCCGCAGCAGUGCCCAGCCCGCGCUGGCCCUGGGCCCCCUCAGGCAAGAUCAAUCGCACCAGCACAGUUCAAGCUCCCACAGCUGCCAUAAGACACCCACCUGGUCCAGCAACCAGCAGUGCCAAGCUCGGCGCACUCCACUGGCCACACUCAGAAUUACAGGAAACAGCCAUUUUGUUCUCUGGGGAGCGUUUCAGGACACGAUGAAUGAAUUCACGCGACUUUUAAGCUGGUGCCUGUUCCAUAACCAACCCUCCUACCUUGCUCUGCCUGUCUCCCGUCAUCCUGAACGGACAGAGCGCUCUGAAUGUCAUUUUCCCAUUCGAACGGCCCAGCUGCCUUUGGGAUGGGUCCGUACCAUGGUCAGAGGCUGUCACGAGUCGACCAUUUGUUUAUGCACCCCAGGCAUCAUCAAAGAUGGACCUGCACAACCCUCCUGACCGUCCCCCGUCCCCCCCUCCCUUGCCCCUGUGUCCUCUCUAGUGAUCUCAGUGUCACCCAAAACGUACUGACAAACAAUCAAGUGCUGAAAACAAUCACCCACAAUCCACCCGUGCAGCUCACAUGCAGUCCCCGCUCAUGGCAAAGUCUUGGCCAAAUUAGGGUAUCAUUUACGAUAUAUACUGUAUACAGGCGUGGGGAUUAACUCAGACCCGGCGUGAACAGCAACCUAUUGGCUGUGGGCGUGGCCUUCACGUCCACACACGAGAGGAAUGUAGUGGAGACUUCAGCGUGGGGGGGGGGGAAGUUUGGCCCCAUAUGGUAUUAUGUCAUGGACAGUCGGAGGUCAUUUAAAAUGCCCGUAAGUGUUGCUCAGCUGUAAAAGGAGUUGCUUCUUUGUGGCAAGCAGAGAAAACUGAACAUUUAAUGUGAGCGCAUAAAAUGUUGGAACUAAGUUCAUGCGGCGUGGACAUCAGUUUUGUACACUUCUUUGUCGUUUGUCUUUGUUUUAUAUUUCAUUUAAUUGUAUCUUUGGCUGUGAUAAAGUGCUCUGUGGCAACUGUAACCAAUGCUUACCAGGUCAGCAAUGGACAUGACCUCCUUUUGCUUUGUAUGUACUGGUUAUCUUUCCAUGACUAUGUCCGUCCAAUAUAUUAUGAGCCUGUCAUUGUCAGUGUAAGCAGAACAUGUUUGUGUUUGAUUUGAAAAAAAAAAAAAAACAGGAACAAAUGAUCAUUGAGAAACCUACUCAUACCUCAAUCAUAAUGCUAGUAUACUCUGAGAGAAUGUUCUGACAACUACUUCUUUUUUUCCAGAAAACCAGAAAGCUACUCUUUUUCCUGCAAUGUUGACAACACUAAGCAUUUCUUCCCAUUGUUUGUGAGCGUCCUAUUGCGUGGUGCAGUACAGUGUUUGGGUGUAUUCGUUAGUGUUUUGUUUGCCUGUACAAGCCCCCGAAGUGAAUGUAAUUAAUUCACAAAACAUUUGCGAAUGAUCACUUCAGUGAGGGUAUACACUAUGCCCUUGGGAAUCUAAACCAUAUAACUGAUCAAGAUGAUGACCUCUAUCAUACCUCACAGUUAUAGGUUAAUACUGUACAUGUAUGCAUGAUCAAGACAACCUGCCUAGACAGAUGUCUUAGUAGAGGUUGGUCACACAGAGAUUUCCUUUCAAAGACACAGUUUGGGAUGGAUUGGACGUCCAGGAUCAGCCAUUUAUCGGUAGCAGUCAUAAGAAGCACUUCUGAGAGAAAAUCCUUAGCACCAUAAAUGCAGAUUCUAUCAGGCUUUUCUCUCUAAAACGAGAGAAUGAAAUAUAAUAGUGUUCUUCUUUUGUUCACAGUCGGUCACAUUGUGAAUGACAUAAUGACUGAUUGCUGUGUUUGAUUGAAUUUUGGACCUGGUUUCUAUUGUAACCUUUUUAUAGUACGUUGUGGACUAUAAAGUAAGACAUUGCAGAUAUUUGUCCAACAAGAAUUAGUUUUACGGUCUCAACAAUUUACAUUUAAAAAAAAAAAAAACUUACAAUGAUAAAAAAAAAAAAGUCAAAACAGAAAGUUUUUUUUUUUCCUUUUUCCUUUAUUUCCAAGAUAGUCCACAGAAUGUAAAGAUAUUAUAUCCUGGAUCUUUUUUUUAUUUUAUAUAUAAUGCAUCUUGAUGUUGAUGUGAUAUAUCCGGACACAUACACACAUUUUUACUGAAUUAAUCCAGUUGAAUGACAGUAUAAAGCUUGCACACUCACACAGCUUUACGUGAGCACACUUGACAUGUCUGCUUCAUGUUCUUAAAGUUCUAAACAUACACAUUUUCUGUACGGCUAUCAUGCUUGUGUGCAUUUGUAAACAUUCACAGUCCUACUGUUUGAAUUUGAUACCACUUAACAUGAUAUUGGAGAUGAUAUAAGAUGAUGUUUAUUGUGAUGAACUGAGCAUGUCACCUUGGAUGUUGGACCCUUCAGGGCAUGUGUGUGGAAAGUUCAGCAAAUCCAAAUUGAAGUUUCUUAUUUGGAGUCCUUUCUUGGUUUAUCCCCCUCCAUGGUAACAUUGCUAACAUUUUUAAAAAAUGUGCGCAACUAAAUGAAAUAAUAUCGCAAGAUGAGAGAAAUUACAGUUAACAUUCACAAUUUUACUAUUUAUUAGUGACAUCACUAGAAUAUUGUCUGUACAUUUGGAAUAUUUCUAAAUCCUUCUGUAUCCCUGACUAAAUUCCUGACCUGGACAAGGAAAAGAAAUACUGGUAGAUGCAGCUUGCAAAUCCACACUGGAGUAGGACAAUGUAAUUACAGUAAGCAAACUAGCAAAUAGUCACAGAACUGCAUUCAUGAACCACAUGGUUUUUUGUUUCACUUCUGAAUAUGGUGAGAAAAAAGAAGAAAUGAAUGCGCAGAGUUGCUCAGAGUUGUACAACCAGCUGUCUAAAAGCAUAACGAGAUUGUCCUGGGGUUUUUGUUUUAUUUUUUUUUUUUAAAUAAUAAUUUCAAAUGAUAGCUAACAUAUGUGAUGAAUUGGCUCUUGUGUUUGGCCUUCCUUUUAUCCCAUGGUCUGGUGCCAAAUGUUAAGAUUUUCCUCACUGGAAAAUAUCUAUGCAAUUUCCAGCUAUAUUUGUGAGGGAUAACGUCAACGAGCAAUCAUUGGAAAAUCUCUUUGCAAAUGCCUUCAGCGCACAGCUGAAGAGAGAAUCACAUUGAGGAAGUGAUCUGAAUGAUUGUGGUGGCCCGUCUGAGAGAUUACACUGAAUCUGUUCAAGGGCAUGUGUGAGAAACGACUGCGAAAUAAAUGAUAAGUAUUCCUUUUUGAAAAUGAAUAAGAAGACAGCUCAUUGCACUGCUCAGGCUCACCCUGUAGAGCUGGUAUGAGGUGGAGGAUUCAGAGGAGGAUAUAGGUGAGGUGUGUACAUAACAGUUCUUUUGACAGUUGGCCACUGAAGUACAUGCCCACAUCCAAACAUGCAUUUUUAUUUGUUAUGUUCUUUAUUCAGUGUGUAUGCUUGUUUGCACCCGUAAGUGUUUCACGCUCCCGCUCCAAGAAGUCAGACAGUCACAGAGUGACUUUAAAACAGAUGAAAUGCCCGCCCUGUUAGUAAACCUUUAGAGGGGCAGCAGCACCUGAAUUGGGUGCCAUUUUUUUACCCCAGCCUGUGUACAUGGAGAAACUAUGCAUAGCACUUUUUUUCAUCAGCCAAAGGUAUGAACGAGAGAUAGAGGUCCUGCCAAAGUUAGGCUUGCAGCACCUGGCCACUCGGUCCAGGCCUGCUCUGGGCCAGCGUCGGCAGCAGUGAGUGUGGGGACAGCAGUAAGAGAUAACAGUCAGACGUCACCAUCAAUGCUGAUCAGAGCUGUAUGAAGAGCUAUGAGGGAGCUCGAGUAGAGACACUUAUAGAUGCAUCCAUGUAUUUGAACCCAUUGAGAAGAGACGCGAAAGGCUUAGGGGGUUUUAAUGCGAAGGAUGACUCAGGUAUAUAAGACCAUGACUUUUUUUCAUUUUAAUAAAUGGUUAUUGUCUAGA